AUGUCCACCACCACCGCAAUGGACACCGACCCCGCCCCCACCCCCAAAGUUCAAGUCCAAUUCGUGACCCGCCACGCCGACAUCGCCGUGCCCCCCGCGCCCAUCCUCGUCCCCACAAACCUCAAGCGCUACGGCCUCUCGCAGAUCAUCAACCACCUGCUGGACACUCCCACGCCCGUGCCCUUCGACUUCCUCGCCGCAGGCGCCUUCCUGCGCUCCUCGCUCGACGAGUACCUCACGCAGCACGGCCUCAGCGCUGAGAGCGUCGUCACGCUCGAGUACGUGCGCGCCGUGGUACCCCCCAAAUUCCGCGCCGCGUUCCAGCAUGAUGAUUGGGUGUCGAGUGUGAACACACUCUCCGCCGAUGGGGAUGCACCGCUCAUCUUGUCGGGCUCCUAUGAUGGCAUCGCGCGCGUGUGGAACAUCAGCGGCCAGGUGGUCGCUGAAGCGUCUGGCCACACCGCGGCCAUCAAAGCCGCCAAAUGGACGCCCAAUGGCGCCGGCAUCGUAACAGCGGGGAUGGACCGCACGCUGCGCCUCUGGUCCUGCGACCCCGAGUCCUCCGCCAUCACGCCGCUCGCCGAGCUCCUCGGCCACAAAUCCACCCACCAUCGGGCUCUGGUCCACCACCCCCGCCACCUCCCUCCCCCCGCCCCAUCAUCCCUCCUCCCGCCCAAGCCCUCCAAGAAACGCAAAACCACCUCCACCACCACGACCAUCCCGCGCUACGGCGCCCUCGCGCUCCUAACCGGCCACACGGGGCCAGCCUCCGCCGUCGAGUUUGACGGGAAAGACGCAACAGUGGCAUACUCCGCCGGGUGGGACCACACCAUCCGCACAUGGGACCUGGCCACGCACCGCCUCGUCGACACGCGCACGACGCAGCACCCGGUCGCGAGUAUGUGUGUUUUACCAUCGCUGUCGCUGCUGGCGGCGGGGAGCACGGCGCGGCAUAUCACGCUGCAUGACCCGCGCGCGGGGGCGAGCGAGGUGGCGGCGGGGGUGCUGAGGGGGCAUACGAACUGUGUUGCGGCGCUGUGUGCGGGCGGGGAGUGGAUGAUGGCGUCGGCGGGGCAUGAUGGCACGGUGAGGGUGUGGGAUGUGAGGGCGGUGGGGAGUGGCAGUGUGUUUGUUGUUAGGAGGGAGGGAGGGGGUGGGGAGGGGGUGACGGGGAGGGAGAAGGUGUUUGCGGUGGAGUGGAGUGGGGUGGGGAUUGUGAGUGGGGGGGAGGAUAGGAGGGUGCAGAUUAAUGAGACGCCGACAGGGGCGGAGGGGGUGGAGCCGAAGUUGUAG